CAGCCUUCUUUUCGCCCUACCUCCCCUCAAAUUCGCAUAGCAAUGAUUAGACAAUUAUCGCAGCAGCUUGCAGUGCAAACAGGCAGGCUGAAUGUUCUCCAGCGGAAUGCACAGAUUCGCCGCCUGCUCCCUCGCUCACAUUUUUCGCUCUCGUUGACGAAGGCAGCUAGCCAGCAGCGUUUCACGCACAUAACCAAAACACCGCAGCUCACAACCACGCGUACAGAUGCCGAGCCGCGGUGGAAGAUCCAGUCAGCAACGAAGUUGGUGGAUCUUCCCAAGGUGUACAGCGACCUGUCCAAGGACAAGCUGACGGCAUUCGUGGUGCUGACAGCCAUGGCAGGGUAUGCGAUCGCACCAGGAGCGGCACAGAUAGGCACGCUGUUUUGGACCACCUUUGGCACAACCAUGUGCUCUGCCAGCGCCAACGGGUUCAACCAGUGGAUCGAGGUGCCGUAUGAUGCGCAGAUGAGUCGGACACGCAACCGGCCACUGGCGAGGUACGCGUUGUCGCCUCUUAACGCUUUGGGCUUCUCGGUGGCUUCGGGAAUCGUUGGCGUGGGGUCGUUGAUGGUGUUUGUUAAUCCGCUAACGGCGGGUCUGGGAGCAGCGAACAUUGUGCUCUACGCAUUCAUAUAUACGGCAAUGAAGCGGAUGACUAUCGUCAAUACGUGGGUGGGCUCGCUGGUAGGCGCAAUCCCGCCGCUGAUGGGGUGGGCAGCUGCAACUGGCACAUUGGGUCCCGGCGCAUGGGUUCUGGGUGGAAUGAUGUUUGCGUGGCAGUUCCCCCACUUCAACUCGCUGGCGUAUACGCUGCGCGCAGACUACUCGAAAGCCGGCUACCGGAUGAUGUCCGUGACGCAUCCGCGGCUCAACGCUCGCGUUUCGUUGCGCUAUGCUCUGCUGAUGUUCCCACUGUCUGCAAUGUACCCGUGGUUGGGUGUCACCGACAUGUGGUUCUUGCUGGACUCGUCGAUUGUUAAUGGGUUUAUGGCAUGGUGUGCCUACCAGUUCUGGAGACAUCCAGAUGUGAAGAAGUCGCGGCGGCUGUUUUUCAGUAGUCUGGUGCAUUUGCCAGUGCUGCUUAUCCUGAUCAUGGCACACGAGUUCAUUCAGGAGCGGUAUAUUGCCAGUGCCGAGGAAGAGAAGGCGAAGGAGAACAAGGAAUAGUGUUUUAUCAUUACUAUGGAAUGUAAUAUGCAAG